GCGGGCGGGGCCGCGGCCCCCGGGCCGGCGCGGGCUGCGCGCGCCAUGAGCUCAGACAGCAGCAGGCUGCUGGGGAACCCGCAGCCGGGCUACGGGACGUUGCAGCCAGACCCUGAGAGAUCCCACAUGGAGGUGACAGGCUACCAGACCAAGCCCUGGCGGGUGGCCCUGUGCCACACGUGCUCCGUGCUGACAGCUGGGCUCCUCCUCAUCCUCUUCCACUGGAAGCCAAGCCUGGAGGUGCAGGUGAAGUGCAAACCCUGCGCCCUCAGCCAGGCCGACUGGGUCAUCAUCAGGGACCGAUUCGGACAGAGCUUCACCGCCCACGUGCGCACAGAGACACUGGGUGAGGGCAGCAGCUUGGAGCAUCACCCAGGGGCCAGGCUGGAGGACAGGAGGACCAGCAUUGCCAUCAGUGUGGCGGAUGAGGAGGAGAGCCGGGACACCAUCCGGCUCCAUGAGAAGGAAGAGAAGAACCUCCUGCGUUAUUACCUCUUCGAGGGCGUGCGCUACGUCUGGCUGGAGCGGCGCCAGGCCUUCUGCAGAGUCAGUGUGUUGGAUGAAGGUUGGACCUGCUCAGAUCUCCACCUCUCCCAGGCUGGGCUUGACCAGCAAGACCACAACACCAGGAGGAAGAUCUAUGGGCCCAACCUCAUCGAGGUGCCAGUCAAGUCCUAUGCCAGGCUCUUGGUGGAGGAGGUGCUCAAUCCCUUCUACAUCUUCCAAGUGUUCAGCAUUGUCCUGUGGGUCUGUGAUGCCUAUUACUACUACGCCGCCUGCAUCUUCCUCAUCUCCACCAUCUCCUUGGGGCUGUCCCUCUAUGAGACCAGGAAGCAAAGCACCACACUGAAGAACAUGGCCAAGAUGUCGGUUGGUGUCCGAGUCCAUCGUCCCAGCGGAGAGGAGAUGGUGGUGAGCUCUGCUGACCUGGUGCCAGGGGAUUGCAUCAGCCUCCCUGCCGAUGGGAUGGUGGUGCCCUGCGACGCGGCGCUGCUGACCGGGGAGUGCAUGGUCAACGAGAGCAUGUUGACGGGGGAGAGCGUGCCGGUGAUGAAGACCCCUCUCCCGGCCGGCAGGCAGGGCGCUGGGACCAUCUAUUCCCCUGAGGAGCACCGGAGGCACACCCUGUUCUGUGGGACACAGGUCAUCCAGGCCAAGGCCUACCUGGGCAGUGCUGUGCUGGCUGUGGUGACCCGCACAGGGUUUUGCACGGCCAAAGGGGAUCUCAUCAGCUCCAUCCUCUACCCCAAACCCGUGAGCUUCAAGUUCUACAAGGACGCAGUGAAGUUUGUCCUGUUCCUCUCCAUCCUGGCUCUGGUGGGCACACUGUACAGCAUCCUCAUCCUGGUGAGGAACCAGGUCCCUGUGGGGCAAAUCAUCAUCCGUGCCCUCGACCUCGUCACGGUCAUCGUGCCACCAGCUCUCCCAGCUGCCAUGACCGUGGGCACCAUCUAUGCCCAGAACAGGCUGAAGAAACAGGGCAUCUUCUGCAUCAGCCCUCCCCGCAUCAACCUCUGCGGGAAGAUCCGCCUGGUUUGCUUUGACAAGACGGGAACGUUGACGGAAGAAGGUCUGGAUGUCUGGGGUGUGAUCCCACUGGAGAACAACCACUUUAUGCCCAUUGUCCACGAGCCCCGCUGCCUGCCCGCCGGUCCCUUGCUCUACACCCUGGCCACCUGCCACACCGUGUCCCUGCUGAGGGCACAGCCCAUUGGGGACCCUGUGGACCUCAAGAUGGUGGAAUCCACCGGCUGGCACCUGGAAAUGAUGGAGGAGGAGGAAGGGGAGGUGCCCACCUUCCAGCAGUUUGGGACCAAGGUCCUGGCUGUGAUGAAACCUCCACCUGAGGAAGAACAGCCGCGAGACACGAAGCACGAGUCACCCCUGGGGAUCCUCCGGCGUUUCCCCUUCUCCUCCUCCUUGCAGAGGAUGAGUGUCCUGGUAAAGCUGCCUGGUGAGGCCUCAGCCCACGUCUACACCAAGGGUGCACCAGAGAUGGUGGCCAGCCUCUGCAGGAAGGACACAGUGCCCAUGGAUUUCUCCCAGAUGCUGAGGCACUACACCACGGAUGGCUUCCGGGUCUUGGCUCUGGCCUGCAAGCCUCUGAGCACAGUGACCACCUUCGAGGAGGCCCUGCAGCUCCAGAGGGACUCUGUGGAGAGCAGCCUGACCUUCCUGGGCUUCCUCGUCAUGAAGAACGUCCUCAAGCCUGAGUCUGCGCCCGUGAUUCACCUCCUGAGGAGCGCCAGCAUCCGCCCCAUCAUGGUGACAGGAGACAACAUGCUGACAGCUGUGAACGUGGCCAGGGGCUGCCGCAUGGUGGAGCCCAAGGAGCAGGUGAUCUUCGUCAGCGCUUCUCCUCCAGGCCAGGACAAACCAGCCGCGCUGAAAUUCAUCCCGGCCGAGCAUUCCCAGGGCGAGGAGCAGCCCGAGGGUCAGUACCAGCCCUGCCACUUGGCCCUGAACGGCAAAUCCUUCGCUGUGGUUUGUGAGCACUUCCCAGACCUGCUGCCCAAGAUCCUCCUCCGAGCCACUGUCUUCGCCCGCAUGUCUCCUGAGCAGAAGACUCAGCUGGUCUGCAGCCUGCAAGAGCUCAGCUACUGUGUGGGGAUGUGUGGGGACGGGGCCAACGACUGCGGGGCGCUGCGGGCGGCCGACGUGGGCAUCUCGCUGUCGGAGGCCGAGGCCUCGGUGGCCUCACCCUUCACCUCCCGCGUGGCCAACAUCGAGUGUGUCCCCUCUGUCAUCCGGGAGGGCAGGUGCUCCCUGGUCACCUCCUUUGGUGUCUUUAAGUACAUGGCCCUGUACAGCCUGGUGCAGUUUGUGUCCGUCCUGCUGCUCUACACGAUCAACACCAACCUGAGUGAUUUCCAGUUCCUCUUCUUCGACCUGAUCAUCACCACCACGGUGGCGGUGCUGAUGGGCCGCACUGGUCCUGCCCAGGAGCUGGGGCUGGAGCGUCCCCAGGGCUCCUUGAUCAGUGUCCUGGUGCUGGGCAGCCUGCUCCUCCAGACAGCUCUGCUCAUCACUGUACAAGUCCUCAGCUACUUCGUCACCAUCUCGCAGAGCUGGUAUGUUCCACUGAACAGCACGGUGAUGGCCCCCCAGAACCUGCCCAACUAUGAGAACACUGUCCUCUUCUGCAUCACUGGCUUCCAGUACCUCAUCCUGGCUGUUGCCAUGUCCAAGGGGUACCCAUUCAGGGAGCCACUCUACACCAACGUGCUCUUCUUGGCAGUUCUCAUCCUCCUCUUUGGCCUCAUGAUCUGGCUGACCCUCUACCCACUGGGCUUCCCCAGAUCCUUGCUGAAGCUGAAGACCAUCAACGACUUGAACUUCAAGCUGCUCCUGCUGGCCUUUGCUGUGCUCAACUUCUUUGCCGCCUUCGUGCUGGAGACCGCCCUGGACCAUGGUUUGCUCAGGUGCCUCCGCAGGCUGCGCAGGAAGAAAGUCUCCAAGAAGCUUUUCAAGAGGCUGGAGAAGGAGCUGAGGCAGCAGCAGCCACCCUGGCCCCCCCUUGACCAACCUCUCUUUGCUACACCCAAGAUGUCCAUCGCUGUCAGAUAGCACAGGCUGGACCCCCCCCCCAGCUCUGCAGGCCCCACCAGCCCUUGGACAUUCCCAUUUAUUUAUUGAUCCUGGGAAAAGGAGGGAUGUGGUGGGAAGGCUCCCAUGGGAACACCCUCAGGGUGGUGGUGGCUGUGAGUCCAUCCAUGCUGGUCCUGCAGCCAAGGGGAGAUGCUGGAGAAGCAACACAGGGGAGAAGGUCUAGAAGAAGAGGAGAAAUGGUCCAGCUCAUCCCUUCCUCCAGGACAUCCCCCCAUCCCCAUGCCAGCCUGGGACCCAUCUCCAUUUGGUAUCCUUCCACAAGAAGGGGGGGACACACCCCACCUCCCUUAUCUUCUCCUGGCUGCUCCAAGCCACCAAGAAGAGGGUCCCUGAUGUCAUGGCGACGGCACCCAGCCCAACCUCACCUCUUUGCUCACUGUGAAACCCCCCCUGCAGCCCCCCUAGAUGUGUAGGGUCUGUUUACAACCCCCCCUCCCCAACAUCCUCUCCUUGCCAAGGAUGCUCAAUCCCCACCCUGGGGCCACCAGCCAGGGCCACCCUCUCUGCUUGCCUUGCUCCUUCGAGCUCCUUCUGCUUUGGGAUGGGACCUCUGUAGCAUUUCAAAAAAAUAAUUACAAAAAAAACCAACCCCCAAACCCCAGCAGAACCCCCCAGAUCUCUUUAUUUUUUAACUCUCCUCCAGAUCUUAAGUGCAGGCAGGAGAACGUGACCACUUUCAGGUGUCCUCAUGGUGCUGUCCUGAGCCUUGUCUAAUAAAUGGAACGUGAUUUUCCUUGA